AUGCCUAAAACGGUCAAUGUCCGGGUCACCACAAUGGAUGCUGAGCUGGAGUUCUCCAUUCUUCCCAGCACCACCGGCAAACAGUUGUUCGAUCAGGUGUCCAGAACGGUCGGUCUGCGGGAGCUCUGGUACUUCGGCCUGCUGUUCGUCAACAGCAAAGGGUUCCAAACAUGGCUGAAGUUUGAUAAAAAGGUGAUAUCCCAGGAAGUAAAGAAAGAGGUUCCUCUCCAGUUCCGUUUCCGGGCCAAGUUCUACCCAGAGGACGUGGCUGAGGAGCUGAUCCAGGAGAGCACCCAGAAACUGUUCUUCCUGCAGGUGAAGGAGGACAUCCUAACGGAUGAGGUGUACUGCCCUCCAGAGUCUGCUGUUCUGCUAGCCUCCUACUCUGUACAGGCCAAGUUUGGAGACUUCAAUAAGGAGGCACACCAGAAUGGUUAUCUGACCAAUGAACGCCUGCUUCCCAAGAGAGUGCUGGAUCAACACAAGCUGUCUAAAGAACAGUGGGAGCAGCGGAUCCAGACCUGGCACGAGGAACACAGAGCUAUGCUCAAGGAGGAUGCUAUGUUGGAGUAUCUAAAGAUCGCUCAGGACUUGGAGAUGUAUGGAGUCAACUUCUUUGACAUCAAAAACAGGAAGGGGACAGAGCUGUGGCUGGGGGUAGAUGCCCUGGGACUCAACAUCUACGAGAAGGGCGACAGACUGACUCCAAAGAUCGGGUUUCCCUGGAGUGAAAUUAGGAACAUUUCAUUCAAUGAUAAAAAGUUCAUCAUCAAGCCCAUUGAUAAGAAAGCUCCCGAUUUUGUGUUCUACGCCCCUCGGCUGGGCAUGAAUAAGCGUAUCCUGGCUCUGUGCAUGGGGAACCAUGAGCUAUACAUGAAACGCAGGAAGCCGGAUACCAUCGAGGUGCAGCAGAUGAAGACUAAGGCCAGGGAGGAGAAGCACCAGAAACAGAUGGAAAGGGCCCAGCUGGAGAAUGAGAAGAAGAAACGGGAGGCCAUGGAGAAAGAGAAGGAUCAGAUGGAGAGAGAGAAGCAGGACUUGAUGCUGAGGCUGUACCAGUUUGAGGAGACAACCAAGAAGGCAGAGAGAGAACUGCAGGAGCAGCUGGAGAGAGCUAUCCGUCUGGAAGAGGAGAGGAGGAGGGUGGAGCAGGAUGCAGCCAGGCUGGAGACUGAGAGACAGGCUGCUCUCCUGGCCAAAGACGAGCUGGCCAGGCAGGCCGUGAUUCAGCUAGAGAGUCAGGAACAGCUGGCUGCAGAGCUGGCAGAGUACACUGCUAAGAUCGCCCUGCUGGAGGAGGCCAAGAGGUUCCAGGAGGAAGAGGCUGAAACAUGGCAGAGCAGGGCUAGGGAGGUCCAGGAGGAUCUUCUGAAGACUAAGGAGGAGCUUCACCUGGUAAUGGCCGCCCCCGCUGCCAUCCCAGCCCCUCCCUCACCUGACAGCAGCGACAGCAGCCACAGUGACCAGGAGGAAAGCGAGGAGAACAGCACGUACAGCGCUGAGCUGCAGCAGCAGGACAUCAACGACCACCGGGAGGAGGAGGAGCGUGUUACCGAGGCCGAGAAGAACAAACGCAUUCAGGCACAACUAAUGUCCCUGAGUGCUGACCUGGCCGAGACCAGAGACGACACCAUGAAGACCCAGAACGACCUGCUCCACACGGAGAACGUCCGCGCUGGCCGAGACAAGUACAAGACCCUGCGGCAAAUCCGUAUGGGUAACACCAAACAGAGAGUGGACGAGUUUGAAUCCUUGUAGACCACAGGGGGAGAGAAAGAGAGAGAGGGGGAGAGAAAGAGAGAGAGGGGGAGAGAAAGAGAGAGAGGGGGAGAGAAAGAGAGAGAAAGAGAGAGG